AUGCCGCAGCCAUUGAAACGCCAGUCCAGCGCCGACGACCUGGAUCGCGUGUCUCGGAGACGCGUAGCGACCGUCUACGACGCUGUAGCAGCGCGCGUGGGCGGCAAUGGCUUCCUCUCUGCCCACCCCUUUGUUUCGAAGAACCGUGAUACGACUUCCUCGUCUCGAGUGCCACUGCCGCCAGACGAGAUUCUGUUCAAACAGAAGAAUGCCCCGGACCGCUUCGAGGAAGACGACAUCUACUGGACGGACCGCCAUCUAGGACCCGGCCAGCCAUUGCCAGACUCGGACCUGCUCAAAGCAGUGCACGCGUACUCGUCCAACUUUUACGCUGCUGCGCUGGGAGAGCUCAGUAAGCGGGACUUCAAGAGCAUGGACGAGACGGCCUUGUUGGCCAUGGGCAUUCUCCUUGAGGAAGCGGCCACAGAUGUCUUGGGGGAGACCGGUGACCUUACCUUCGUGGAAGGCGAAGAUGAUGAUGAGCCAGACGCGUCACGCAUCUGGAACGGAACCACAUGGACCCGAAGCGUCCUUGUCAAGGAACCGGCCCGCGGCGGCAAGCGUGGAAAGGGUCCUGCGAGUGGAAACGACCUUGACUCGAAGGCUGGAGCCGCCGCUGGCGACUCUGAUAUCGCCGACUCGGACAAAGACACUGCUCAGACGGAAGCUUUGGCGGAAGGCGAGUCGGCUAGUGAGUAUAGCAGCGGACACAACUCCUCCAUUGGGCACAGCAGCGAGUCUGGAUGA